GACGCGAGUUGGCCUGGGAAUUUUGCGCAGAACUACAAAACAGUUUUGUGCCAUGCCGUUAAUUGUUCCUCGACCAUUGCCGACGUGGAGGGCGUGCGGGAGUUGACGGAGCGGUUCCCGGCGUGCGUCCUGGUCGGCACAUCGCGAACAGCCGCGAGCUGGUGGCCGCGCUGCUGGGCGACCACGCCGUGGCGGCAGCCGCGGCGGCGGAGCUCGUCGCGCCAGGCAUGCGGCAGCCCGUGGCAAUGGAGCUCCGGUGCGGCGAGGAUCGAGGCCGGUCAGCGGCCCCGAGGCCGAGGAGUGGUUGCGGAGUGUGAAGGACAAGGCUCAGGGGCAACGAUAGGGGGGAUGAUAGACUCAGUGGGGAGAUUUUCGGGCAUGUCUGCCCCAGGGAACAGAGACAAGGUUUUCUGAUUUACCCGUCGGUUCCCCGAGGCUUUCCCACCUCGGGGUGUUUUUCAGCAGCUGGUUCUCGCUGAGGACGUUCCCGGGCUGCCAGGAUCGUCCCGAACGGCCGCCGAAGGCCCGAGGUAUGGUCUGACAAACCAUGCGCAGAGUUUGGUGGAGAUGGGCUCAGGGGGGACGCAUCGACCCCCAAUCGCUUAUUCAUCGCCUGGACUGCGGGAACCUCAGGCACACCACGUCCAGGAGCGGGCGGAUUCGCUAUCGGGGGCCUGUCGCCGAUCUAUCAGUGAUGUAUCGCGGAUGAUCUGCGCUGGAACCCCUUGGCGGCGGCACGGGCGGCACCCCCUGCGCGCCGCGCGCGCCAGAUCCAAUAACGUCGCGGGACUUAUG